AUGAGCGACAAAAUCAGCAAAACCAUCCAAAGGUUCCAGCAACGUGUCGACAAUAAGGAAUUCUACGAGGCCCAUCAGACUAUUCGAACCAUCGUUAACAGAUAUGUCAGAGCCACCCAGUAUACCCCUGCUCUUCAGUUGUUGGCUGAGGGAAGUGCCAUUUUGGCAAACAAUAAAGAGUACGCUUCUGCUACAGACUUGAUAUUGUACAUGAUCAAUGUUCUCGAAGAGGCUGGUAUAACCUCCUCGGAUAAGGACUACAAAAUGAAACUCAUUGAGUUGAUCUCUUUGCUUCCUGACACCGACCCUGCUUUGGGUGAUUUGGCGAAGGCAUCUAUCUCUUGGAGCAAGAAACUGGAUGCGCUGACUUUUGGCGAUGCUAGUCUACAUCAUUUGUUUGGCUGCAAGCUCAUAAACGCUGUGGCCAGCCAGACACUGGAGGAGAAUAAGUACAAGAUGUUCACUGUAGCAGAAUUGCAUUUAAUUUUGGGAACUUUCGAGUCUCUUCCUAUCUAUGUGGAUUAUUUGUUCCAGUGGUACCAGGAAAACAAGGAUAAAGCGGACCCUGGUAAGUUUUUGGCCAGAGCAGUGUACAACUACGCAUAUUUGAAGAACAACAAGUUCAUGAACACCUCUAUUGAGCUUUUUUUGAAGAAGCUUAGUGCUUUAAACGACAACUCUAGUGCUGAAAGCCUGUCUCUUGUGGUGUUUUUGCAACUACUUGCCACCACGUUAGGUAAAGCAGAUGCUGGAGACAAGUUCAUGAAAUUGUUCAACCAUUACAAAAGCCAGCUUGAGGAAAAUGAGCUUGUAGCGCCCACAGAGUAUUUGGGCAAUUUGUACUUCCAAUUGAGACUCGGUAAUCCGAAUGCGGGCAACAAUAUGCUAGCUAACUUGAUGGGCGGAUUAUUCAAGUAG